AUGGCUCCUCCACCAUUACGUCCUGAAAAUGCUCUUAAGAGAGCUGAGGAAUUAAUUUCCGUUGGUGAAAGCCAAGCAGCUUUACAAUCUCUUUUUGAUUUCUUCACAGCUAGAAGAAUUCGUUUUGCUGAACCAGCAGCUAUCGAACCAAUUGUUUUCAGAUUUUUGGAACUUGGUGUCGAUCUAAAGAAAGGUAGAAUGAUCAAGGAUGCUCUUCACCAAUAUAAGAAACUGGUUCAAGGUUCUCCAGAAGGUCUUGCCUCUGUGAGUACUAUCUCCCGUAAAUUCAUCGAUAUUGUUGAAAAGAAGAUUGCUUCUGAACAAGCCAAGGAAGACCAAAAGGCCGAUGAAGAAGAUGACGAUUUGGAAGGUGGUGUUACCCCAGAAAAUUUGUUAAUCUCUGCUUAUGAAGAAGAUCAAUCUGUUGCUGGGUUCAAUGACGAAGCAUUAACUUCGUGGAUGCGGUUUACAUGGGAAUCGUACCGUGCUGUUCUAGAUCUUUUGAGAAACAACUCUCAAUUAGAAAUUACUUACUCUGGUGUUGUUAACAGAACCAUGAUGUUCUGUUUGAAAAAUAACCGUAAGAAUGAAUUUAAGAGAUUGGCUGACAUGUUACGUCAACAUUUAGAUGCAGCCAACUAUCAACAAAGUAAAUCUGGUACCAAUAUUGUUGAUUUAAGUGACAAUGAUACUCUACAACGUUACUUGGAACAACGUUUCCAAUUGGUCAAUUGUUCUGUUAAGUUAGAAUUAUGGCAUGAAGCCUUCAGAUCCAUUGAAGAUGUCUUCCAUUUGAUGAAAUUGUCAAAGAGUUCUCCAAAGGCCUCCACUUUGGCUAACUACUACCAAAACAUGGCUAAGGUUUUCUUAGUAUCUGGUGACUCUUUACUACAUACUGUUGCUUGGAAAAAAUUCUACGAUCUAUAUAUUUCCAAUCCAAAUGCUACCGAUGAUGAUUUCAAGACAUAUACAUCUACUAUCUUCCUAUCUGUUCUAGCCUCAAAGUUAGAUGAUUUACCAACUGUUGGUUAUGAUCGUCAAUUCCGUCUAUACCGUUUAUUAGGUCUUGAAGGUAAGCCAGCCAGAAAGGAUGUUAUGGCUACUCUUCUAGAAGAUGAUUUCUUUAAGUACGUUAAUGAUGAUAUCAAGAGUCUAUACAAUGCUAUGGAAGUUGAAUUUUCCGCUGAUGGUAUCAAAUCUCAACUUUCUGCUCUAUUGCCAAAACUGAAUGCUUUACCAUAUUUUGCACAAUACGUUGAAUCCAUUAGAGAUAUCAUUGUCAGAAGAUCUAUUGUUGAAGCCUCUACCAACAACGAUAGUAUUACUUUGGCUAAUCUUUACAAGUUAGUUACUCUACCAGAACCGUUUAACAUGUCCGAAUGGGAUAUUGAAAGGGCUUUGUUGGAAGCAGCCGUUGAAGAUUACGUCUCUUUCACCAUUGACCACGAAAGUAACACUGUUCAAUUUGUCAAGGAUCCAUUUACUGUAUUCACUCAAGUUUCUGCUGAAGCUGAAGCCACUGAAGGUGCCGAAGAAGAAGAGGAAGAAGAAAUUCCAGAAGAAAUUGAAGGUGAGGAGGAAGAAAUUGUUGAAGUUGAAACAACUGAAGCUGAAGAAGCUGAAGGUGAAGAAGGUGCUACCGCCGCUGAACCUGAAGUCAUUGUCACUCGUAACUUCUACAUCCGUAACAGAUUAUCAGAACUAUCCAAGACUUUGAGUGAAGUCGAGACUUUUGCUGGUUUACCAUAUGUUGCUAAAGUUAAGCUGGCUCGUGAAGCUUUGAUUGAGCGUAACAAAGAAUCCAUUGAAAAGGCUAAGGCUGCUGCUGAAGAACGUACUAAGAGACACCAAGAAGCUAGAAGAAAAUACCAAGAAGAAAAUGCUUUACAUGCUGAAGCAGAUGCUGAAGUUAGACAAAAGCGUAACUUGGAAGAAAAGGCUUUAAUGGAAGCUAAACUUGCAGAAGAUGCUCGUCAACGUUUAAUCGAAAAGAAGAGACGUGAAUUGACUGCAUUAAAGGAAACUAUUACCGCUAAAGCUAUUGCCGAUAUUAACUCCAAGGGUAAUGUUUACAUUGACCCAGCUUUAGCUAAGACUAUGGAAUUAAAGGAUUUAAGAACUAUGAUUGUUUCUCUAUUAUCUAAGGAUCAAAUGGAAUUGCAAGAAAAGGUUGAAUAUGCUAGAAACAGAUUAGAUUACACUGAAAGAGCUUUAAGAAAAGUUGAGUAUCCAAUCUUACAAAAGGAAGCUGAAGACCAUAAGGCUGUCGAUAUGAAGAAAUAUGAAGAAAUGAAUGAAAAGAUCAUUGCAGCUGCUAAAGCAGAACAUGAAGCACGUUUAGAAGAUCAUGAACGUUUGACUAAUGUUUAUUCUGAUUUCCAAUCUUUGAAAACUAAAUUAGAAUCAGCUCAUGAGGCUGAAUUUGGUGCUCAACGUGAUUCUCUAAAGGCUAAAUUUGAAGAAGCUAAGAAAGCACGUAUUGCCGAAGUUCGUCAACAACGUUAUGAUGAAUUAAUUGCCAAACGUAAAUCAGAAAUUGCAGCUGAAGAAAGAGCUGCUCGUGCUAAGGCUGAUGAAGAAGUUAUGCGUAAGAGAAGAGAAAUGGAAGAUGCAGUUGCUGCUAAACAUGCUGCUGCUGCUGCCCCUGCUGCUGCCGCCGCAACUAUCGCUACCACUACAAGUGCACCAUCUCAACCAAAGGCUUCACCAUUCGGUUCUAUGAAUGAUGCUAAACGUGAUGAGAUUGCACGUAGACAAAGAGAAAUGGAGGCCGCUUUGGAAGAAAGAAAAUCUCAACCAAAGGCUUCACCAUUUGGAUCAAUGAAUGAUACUAAACGUGAUGAAAUUGCCCGUAAACAAAGAGAGAUGGAAGCUGCAUUAGAACAAAAGAAUUCUUCACCUGCACCAAAGAAGGGUGCUUAUGUUCCACCAUCUAGAAGAAACAGGAAAUAA